AUGGUCUCUUUCACCUGCAGCGCCUGCCAGGACGUGGUGAAGAAGCCGAAGGUCAACGGCCACGCCACGCAGUGCGGGGGCGCCACCUUCACCUGCGUCGACUGCAUGGGCGUGUUUGACCUGCAGACGAUCAGGGCCCACACGUCCUGCAUCACCGAGACGGAGAAGUACCAGGGGAAGUGGCGGCAGAAGCAGCGGCCGGCGGCGGCGGCGGCGAAGCGGGUCGGUGGCGCUCUCGACAGCGACGACGAGGCAACCGGCAAGCGCACGUGGCAGCCGCUGCACCCGCCCCGACCUCCCAUGAAUUUGGACAGCGACUCCGACCCCGACGAUGAUGCGUGGGUGACGCGAAGGAAGCAGACGGACGCGGGGGAGAGAAACGCACCUCGCGGCAGCCGCAACGGCUCUCCGCGCAUGCAGGCGAAGACGAGCACGCCGCCCAGCAACGACGACGAAGUGCGUUGCGCCACAAAGCGGCCAAAGCAUGAGCCACUCGAAUUGCCGCGCGCGGUGACGGCGGCGGACUGCAUUGUGCCGAGCUUCGUGCUGGGCACGGACGAGGAGGUGGCGGAGGUCACCCGCUGGAUUAUGGAGGAGGGCGGCGCGGCACCGCUCAGCCUGCGACUGCUCGCAAAGAAGAUGGUGGAGCGGUACAACAGCCGCAUCGCCAAACACGUGCGGCGCGCCAUUGAGACGGCAAUUGCAAAUGGCAAGCUGCGCGUGGAGGAUGGUGUGGUGACGUCGCCCUGA